UGGAGUCACAGCUCACAAGACAACAGUCCAGCACAUUUUAAUACAAUGUUAUUCUUGUAGGAUUUCGGGAGACAUUCUUAAGUUCUGGGCUACUCUAAUUCCGUCGUUCUUCACUGCUACGUUAACACAUCUGUGCCUGCGAUCGUCACAGACACGAAACUAAAAUACGUACAAUACAAUCAUGAAAUUUUCUCUUUUGCAGUGCUGUAAAAUGCUUGGUUCUGUAUCCCGAUUCCGUGUGGUAUCACUGUAGAGGUGUUUUUAUCGCUCUUGUCUCUUGUCUAUGCUUGCUGUGGACCCGCUCUGAACACAGAUACCGUGUACUAGGACGGAAGGCACGGAAAACAACAGGGUAUCAACCCAUGGUGUGAAUGUUACCUGCGAUGCUUAAUGCCAGCUUCCGUACCUUUCAGCACUAUUAUUAUGGGCACGGGUUGGGGGUGAAGGGGGACCUGUGUGCACGAAGUCUGUCUCUCCCUGGUUGCGAUUUGGAAAGGCGCAGUAGGAAACUGUUAUAUGAUACAUAUAUUGCCAUUAUUGUUUUCGUAUGCAAGUACUUUUUGUAAGAAUUUGCAACCCACGGUUAAUUAGUGUUUAUUAUUUGCCGUGUGAGGAAUGGCGUGUAAUCCAGAAUUGUUUCGAUAUGUAGUGGAAACUGUGUUCAAUACUUGGACUGCUCUAAGGCUUGCCGUAGAGCAUGGCAUGGGUGGACCUCUAGGAAAAGAAAAUGCGCUGAAUUUGGUGAACCAGGUUACGGAUUUAUUUUGUAAAACUGAUAUUGAAGUAGAAGAAAUUGCUGAUUUUCUAGUAGAGUUUAUGGACACACAGUUCCAAACUAUAUGCGAAGACAACUCUCCAGAGGAGGUAGCAGUUGUGUUGUGGCAGUUCUAUCAACACUGUAAGUCAGGAAAUCAACAUCUAGUCAAUUUAGAAUUGAGCAGACUUCCGAAAUGCGAUGUAUGGCUAUGUAAACAUCAUCUGGUUAGCACUCAAGAAGAAGCAAUGGACCCUGUGGACACAAUCUCAAAUGGACAUAGUAGUAACGUCACAGCAGAAGAACAUGAUCCAGAAUGGACACAGGUUAAAACCAGACGAAGGAGAGAACGGAUGGAACAGAUGUAAGAGUGUUCCAUCGAGCGAAAAUAUGUAGUUUAGUUUCACCAAUUUUUAGCAGACUGUACUCAAAAUUGUAAUAGUGGAAAGUAUGUAUCUCACAAAUAAAUGGUGUUUGUAUAACUAAUUUUGUUGUAUUAAUGUUUGCUCAUAAUUGUGACUGAGCACCUGAACUUUCAGUGAACUGAGUCAAAAAAUUCUGCAUUCCUCCAGACAGGACAAAAGAUGGGCAUUGAUGUUUCUCAAAGUUUCGUUAAUUUUGUAUUAAUAAAUUGUUAUCGUCACUGAUAGUAUAUACAAGAUACAAAUUUUAUUUUAAAAGUUUCGCAGAGAGACAUAGUGUCAAGAGGAAGUUAUGGGAAGGGCUUUCGAUACUUCCUGUUGAAUGUUUCAACCCACAUGGUAAUGUUAGCAAGAGCUAUAGAUGAAUAACUAUACAAAUUUUACAUUGUAUUUUAGUGAGGUAAUA